AUUGGACAAUACCGCUGAGCAUGAAGUGGUUUGAUAAGACCCUCAUGGAUGCUGUUCACAGUUCAGUAAGAGGUGUAUACUUAUCAAAGCUGAUCACAGGAAUGGUUGGCGCUAAUAAAAGAUAUCGAUAAACAUGUUUACUCUGACCAGCAAGAUACUAAUGUCCAUGAGCUAACGGAUCAUGAAUUGGGUUCAAUGAUACAAAAGUACAUCAAAUCCAUGGGCCCAGGUAGCCGAUAUCAUUGUAUGUUAUCCAAACUCAGUCAACUACUCAACAUGAAUCUUCAUCGCUCAUUGCAGUACCAUAUAUCCUUAAAACAUUCUACAAGUCAGUUGCACACCGAAAUACCUGAUGAAACCUUGUCAAGAAAGCGUUGGGAUGGAGGAAUUUUUGAACAAUCCCCUCAGUAUGAUUCUUCCAUUUAUUCAAGUAAAUCGGAUUAUAUUACGAUGGAAGUGAAUGAAACACUCAUUUCUUUACUGGAAAGUCAUACAGAAUUUCUCAGUAAACUUUCUUCACGUUUUCUGAAUCAAUCUCUUCAAAGUUCAUAUUUCCGAAGGAGAGUAUGGAACAUUGUAUUGUUGUCUAGAUGUAAAUCUCAGAAAGAUAUGAUCAGACAAAUGGUUCAUAGUUUCACACCGGAUCGAGAUGAGUAUAUUAUGCAUUCAUGUUGUGAUUUUCUAAAGUCGACUUGUAUGUCUUCUAUGAAGGAUUCAGUAGGCUGUUUGUAUGCAAUGACUUAUCUUUCGAAAUUCUGUCAAACAUUAAUGAAUACAAGUGACAAAGUAAAACCUCACUAUAUCAAACUUGUGGCUGUAUUGGUCUUAGCAGUGAAAGACUAUUUACCAAGAAAUCAGCCUGCGAAUUCAGAAACUAUCUGCGGACUAGCACAAGAACUUUUGGCAUUACUUUCAGUAUUACCGUCUUAUAUAACACAAUUAUCUCCAAUUUGGUUUGCUUGUAAAUCUUACAAUAGAUCAAAUAUAAUGAAGAAAUCUGAAAAAAGUAAACUCUAUGAAACUGAAGAGAGUAAGAAAAUUGACUUUAGCCGUAGUGUUUUAAAGCAUUUGCACAAUAUUGAUCCAAAUAUUGCUAUUUCCAUUGUUAAAGAAGUACUACUUAUUAAAAAUGUUGAUAUUAUUACGAAUGUAACUACAGAAGUAGAUAUAUGCUCAGAAGUUUUCUAUGAUUUUGUUCAACCAAUUAUUGAACCCAUUUUUAGUGGUUAUCUAUCUUCGUCUACUCUACUGUAUAUAUGGGAUCAAGUAAUAUUUUGUAUUGGUGGAAUGGAACCUGUUGAAUCCAGCGUUAAUUAUACAUUGAGUUGUUUCUUAGCUACUUUUAUAUUUCUAUGUUGGAUAAGAUUUCGUAAUGGUGAUAUACUACAAUCACAUGAAUCAUCAUUACCACAGAAUGAACAAAUGAAUGAAGCCAGUGAACAAAAAGGAAAAUUUUCUUCAUUUUCCAGAUGUUUUCAAUUAGUUGGUCCAAAAUUACAUGAAGAUGACUUUAAAUUCAUAAUAAAGAAACAUUUUUUCAUGGAUAUGUUCUGUUUGUUAACUGGUACGACAAAAUCUAGUACUGAGGCUUCUGCGCUGUCCAAUGAUGAAUUAUUAACAUUGAUUGAAUGGUCAUCAGUUCUUCAAAAUUCUUCUUUAACAGAUCCAAAUAAACGAAUAGAACAAAGAUUAUUACGUUAUACAGAAUUGAAAAAAUUACAAGCAACUGAAAAUGAUUUGACGAAUUUGAAAAAUGAAUUGGAAAGUUAUAAACAAAAUUACAGGAAGCGACAAAUGAAAUUUCACUUUGUAAGCAAAUUAUCAGUCAAAAUGAAAAGCGAAAACCAUAUUUACCAACUAUGGUUGAAAAACUUAUGGAGCAAAGAAGAAAUUUAUCUAAACAAAAGGAAAGUAAUAAUUCCAGUGGAAAAAUAAAACAAUCUCAGUACACACAAAUAGACAAUAACAAUAAUCCAAAUUGAUACAAAUUUUUUCUUGUUAUACUACAGUGUCAUUAGGAUACUUUUCAUGGUAAAAAGAAAGAAAAUAAAGAACUUGUAUUACUUG